AUGGGGAUUUCCCGGAGCAAGCCGGCACGGGAGUGGCCGCCGGCGCCGCCGCCGGAGCCUAGGGUGGAGGUGCCGCCCCUCAUCGAGCCCCCUCCCAACGCCGCCCGCACCAGGAUGCAGGUGCCUGGGUAUGAGCAGUGGUUCGGGAAGCCCUCGUCACGCAGCCUAUUCGACGACUACUUCAAUCAAGCUGGGAGCGUGAACGCAGGGGUCAUGCUCAAGAUGCUGCGGGAUCCUCAUGUCGAUUUGACCGCAACUGCAUCACCAGCCGGCGGGGAGGCUCAGCUUCGAUGGCAGAGUGAUUUGUAUAAUCCAGGUACCGUUGCGCACUUUCUUGUGUCAACGGCAAAACCCACUUUGAAGUUAAGCGUUCAUUUUCCUAAGAGUGGUAUUGGUUCCUUUGCGACAAUUCCUUUGCAAGCUGGAAACAGCAUGCUUUCAGAAAAUAAUAGCGUUAUCGGUUUAAGAUAUGAUUCCCAGAAUCUAUCAUUGGGGGCAACUGUUGUGCCAUUUCUCUUACCCGGUGAGGAACCCUCUAUGGUUCCCUAUGGUGCAUGGUUAGUUGGAAGAAUAGGGGGAUUAAGUGCAGGGGCACAAUACAAGCCACUUAGUGACUGGCUUAGCAUUCCAACAGAUGGAAGCAUGAAUUGUUUGCCUUUUGAGGACUUGAAGAACUGGGAUUAUGCAAUCAGUUAUGAUGUGGGAUCAGCUAGCCCACUAAGCCCCUCACUAAAUUUUUCUCUAGAGCUUGUCAGAAGUACACAGCUGGUUGCAUCAUUCUAUCAGCACCAGGUUGUCCUAAGGGAGGUAAAAGGAGGUCCUCGUUUUGAAGAUGCAGACGAAAUUGUAAACUACAUUGAUUUUGGUGUUGAACUAGCCACAAGGGUGGGUAAGGACAAACCAACAGACGAUGCCGACAAUUCCUCGUUUCAGAUAGCUGCAAACUGGCAGGCCAAUAAGAACUUCCUAGUAAAGGGGAAGUUAGGGCCCUCCAAAUCUUCUGUAGCUUUGGCAUUCAAGUCUUGGUGGAAACCCAUGUUUACAUUUAGCUUCACAGCUGUGAAUGAUCAUGCGAAGGGUACAAGAGGGUACGGAUUUGGAAUCCAUGUUGACGAUCAGAGAGACCCAGAUUCCAGCCAUCUCCUCUAGUAGGAUCGAUUAUAUACCAUUGUUUGCAUCAGAACGAACUUGAAGUACAUACGUGGCUGUGAGACAAAUCAGAGGACCCAAACUCCGGCGAUGGAGGGGCGAUGACGGCGGCGCGCCUUCGGCUCGCUUCAGUGCUUGUAGUUGCCGCUAGGUGGUCUAU